AUGGCUCUGAGUGGGAACUGUAGUCGUUAUUAUCCUCGGGAUCAAGGGGCUGCAGUUCCCAACUCCUUCCCCGAAGUCAUAGAGCUGAAUGUUGGGGGCCAGGUUUACUUCACCCGCCAUUCCACAUUAAUAAGCAUCCCCCAUUCCCUCUUGUGGAAAAUGUUUUCCCCAAAGAGAGACAACGCUAACGAUCUAGCCAAGGACUCCAAGGGAAGGUUUUUCAUUGACAGAGAUGGCUUCCUGUUCCGUUAUAUUCUGGACUAUCUCAGGGACAGGCAGGUGGUCCUGCCUGAUCACUUUCCAGAAAGGGGAAGGCUGAAAAGAGAGGCUGAGUAUUUCCAGCUCCCUGACCUCGUCAAGCUCCUGGCCCCCGAGGAAGUCAAGCAAAGCCCAGAUGAAUUCUGUCACAGUGAUUUUGAGGAUGCCUCCCAAGGAAGCGACACAAGAAUCUGCCCCCCUUCUUCACUGCUGCCUCAUGACCGCAAGUGGGGUUUUAUUACUGUGGGCUACAGGGGAUCCUGUACCUUGGGCAGAGAGGGGCAAGCAGAUGCCAAGUUUCGGAGAGUUCCCCGGAUUUUGGUUUGUGGAAGGAUCUCCUUGGCAAAGGAAGUCUUUGGAGAAACUUUGAAUGAAAGCAGAGACCCAGACCGAGCCCCAGAAAGAUACACCUCCAGAUUUUAUCUCAAGUUCAAACAUCUGGAAAGAGCUUUUGAUAUGUUGUCAGAGUGUGGAUUCCACAUGGUGGCCUGUAACUCCUCCGUGACAGCAUCUUUUGUCAACCAGUAUACAGAGGACAAGAUCUGGUCGAGCUAUACCGAAUACGUCUUCUAUCGUGAGCCUUCCAGGUGGUCCUCCCCUCACUGCGAUUGCUGCUGCAAGAACGGCAAGGGGGACAAAGGGGAGAGCGGCACCUCCUGCAACGACCUCUCCACUUCCAGCUGUGACAGCCAGUCAGAGGCCAGCUCUCCCCAGGAGACGGUGAUCUGUGGUCCUGUAACGCGCCAGAGCAACAUCCAGACUCUGGACAGGCCCAUUAAGAAGGGCCCCGUGCAGCUGAUCCAACAGUCGGAGAUGAGGCGGAAAAGUGACCUGCUCAGGACUCUGACGUCGGGCUCCAGGGAGUCGAACAUAAGCAGCAAAAAGAAAGCUGCGAAGGAAAAGCUCUCCAUCGAAGAAGAGCUGGAGAAGUGCAUCCAGGAUUUCCUGAAGAUAAAAAUUCCAGAUCGCUUCCCCGAGAGAAAACAUCCUUGGCAGUCUGAACUUUUACGGAAGUACCAUCUAUAGGGGAGGGCUGGGGAUAGUCACCAUUUUAAAAUAAACCUCCCCAAAGGAAGACAUAUGUUAAAGGAAAAUGACAACUAAUGAUCCACAUUUGUUAGAACACAAUAGUCCAUUGAUGUACUACUGCCUACUUUAACUAGCUCACCUUAACGUGUAAAUCCACAGGGUAGAUUUCUUUUCAGAUGUGGAACCAGAAGCGCGCUCCUGUGUUGUCCUUUG